AUGAAGGUAUCAGAGCAAUCUGUACAUACCUUACCUGAGAAAAGGUCUACUCAACAAGCCAGUGCAGCGGUCGAGAGCGAAAAACCAACCUGUUCCCUCUUCUUGAAGAGAGGACCCUCUCUGAAAGGACCAUCCGUCCGGCCCGAGGAAGAAAAGGGGACAGCGUCUCCAAACACUCCCAAAAGGAAGGACGGGGAUGAUGGACCACCAGGGGGAGGUGAAAAAAGGCUAUCCCUACAGCUGGUGUCCGGAUCAAGAUCACGCCACAUCUGUGGAGGUGCCGUGCUGUCUCCUCACUGGGUAAUAACUGCUGCACAUUGUGUCUGGGAGUUGAAGCCUUCCAGAUUGUCUAUCGUGGCUGGGGACUACGAUCUGUAUAUCGCAGAAGGAUAUGUCACAGGACACAAACAGAGGGUUUCCAUCACCAGGAUUGUGUUAGACCAGUACCAAAAAGACACCUUUUCAAAUGACAUAGCAUUGCUGCAGCUGGCCACGCCUCUACGUAUAGACCAUGUUUGGGUCUCACCCAUCUGUGUCCCAGACCCUAGUCAGGAGUUCCUUCAAGGUGACAGCGUAGUAGCUGGAUGGGGACGGUUAAGUGAGAGUGGGUCACUACCACACAUUCUACAACAUGUUACGCUUCCCAUUCUGUCUAUCACGGUUGUCACAACCUCUACAGGAGGGCGGGCUUUGCAAAGUUUAUCCACAGCUGCCAACUGUGUAGUGGAUUUGAACAGGGAGGACUGGAUUCUUGCCAGGGUGACUCAGGGGGACCCUUGGUCUACAAGUAGUCGGACAGCCGGUUCUAUCUUUAGAGUAUCGUCAGUUGGGUUACGCUAGACCCAAAUUAUCUGGACUUAAUACAGAGGUAACGUGUUUUGUGAGCCAUU